AUGCAUUUGGAUCAAGAUUAUGAAGAAGGUGAAACCAAACCGAAUUUGUAUCAUGUUGAAUUUGAAGGAAUGAAACCCCAAGUGGCCUUAUUAGAUACUGGAGCAACGACAAACCUUAUCCAUCUGAAUUUAGUGAAGAAUAUACCAUCGUUUGUUGGAGCUACUUAUGAUUUGUUCGGUCCUGAUGAUUUGAAAAUAGGAACUUUAAAUAGAUACGUGUGUUUAGAUUGGUGUAAUGUGAUGAAGAAUAUUAAACUCUAUAUCUGCGAUGUAAGUCCUUAUCCAGUUGUCUUAGGAAAACAUGUACUUAAACCUUUCUUAAACAUACCCCCUCAUGUCAAGGAAUUAUCCCAAGAUGAAGUGACAGAUUUUAGACAAUUCAAUUCUAUGGAUUUAACUGAACUUGUUUUCGCUUUAACUGAAAUUGAAGAUUCAUUAGAUGCUGAAGGAGAAAUUGAAGAACCUAUUGAGAAACUAAGAGCAAUUGAAAAUGGAAAUUUCAUUGAUGAUCCAGAAACCCCAGUGGAAAACGCUAGAACUAGAUAUUCAUUUGAAAAGCAUGUUGAUCUUAAGUAUUGGUUUCAAGAUUUUCUUGCAAAGAACUCAGAUAUUAUUCACAACAACCCACCAAUUAAAACUGAAUCAUUAUAUGAACAUCAACAUCCAAUCACAUUGAAGGAUCCAAGUAAAAUACAUUGUUGUGCACCAUAUAAGAAAUCUGCAAGAUUGAGAGCUGAACUUUCAAGACAUGUUGAAGAAUUAUUGAAAAAUGGAUUUAUUCAAAAGAGUCAUUCAAGAUUUGCUUCACCAACUAUAUUAGUUCCAAAACCAGAUCAUUCAACAAGGUUAUGCAUUGAUUAUCGACAACUUAAUACAAAUACAGUGAAGGAUAAGUUUCCAUUACCAAUAAUUGAAGGUUUAUUAGAAUAUUUACAUGACUGCAAGUGUUUUUCAAAGUUGGAUUUAUCACAAGGUUAUUAUCAAGUGGCUAUUGCUCCAGAAGAUAGAGAGAAAACUGCAUUUAUUACUCAUGAUGGAUUAUAUGAAUGGAAUGUUAUGCCGUUUGGAUUAUGUAAUGCACCAGCAACGUUUCAAAGAAUUAUGAAUUCAGUUUUGCAAGGUUUUAUUGGAAAAUUUGUGGUAGUAUAUUUAGAUGAUAUUCUUAUUUACAGUAGGGAUUUUGAAGAACAUAAAAAUCAUUUGACCCAGGUAAUGGAUGCAUUGAGGAAACAUCAUUUUAUUGUCAAGAAGAAGAAGUGUGCUUGGUUUAUGAAACAAAUUGAAUUUUUAGGUCAUAUUAUUAGUGCUGGUGGUGUUCGUCCAACUCAAUCAAAAAUUGAAGCAGUUCAGAAGUGGGAAUGUCCAAGAACACCAAAGGGAAUGAGAAGUUUUAUUGGAUUUGUUCUGUAUUUAAGAAAAUUUAUACCAAAGUUUGCUCAAAUUGUACGACCAUUGAAUUUAUAUGCUCUUAAGAAAAUACCAUUUGAUGAAUCAUUCAAAGAUAGAUUUAAGAAGUUGCAAGAAUUAGUCACAUCUGCCCCAAUAUUAGUACCUCCAACACCAAGUGGAACUUAUAUAGUAACAACUGAUGCAUCAGAUUAUGCUGUGGGAUCUGUUAUUCAAACAACAAAUUUAGAUGGUAAACCAACAGGAGUAGUUGCAUAUUAUAGUCAAUCAUUAUCAACAGCUGAACAGAAUUAUCCAAUUAGAGAGAAAGAAUUGUUGGCAAUUAUUAGAACAUUAGAAAGAUACAAACAUAUCUUAUUGGAUCAUCAUCUUGUUAUUAGAACUGAUCAUCAUUCAUUACAAUUCAUUUUGAGUCAGAAGAAGGAACCUUCCAAAAGAAUUGCACGUUGGCUUGAUUUAUUAAGUGAAUUUGAUUUAGAAAUUGGAUACAUUAAAGGUGAAACUAAUAUUGCAGAUACUUUAUCUAGAUCAUGGGAACAUACUUUUACAUUAAAUGCAAUUUCUGUUGCUGUCCAUAAUCAGGUUUUAGGUGGUCAAUUUUUUCAAGAUGUUCAAGAAAAUUAUCAGAAUGAUAUGACAACAAAUGAGGUUUUUGAAACAUUGACAAAUAGAAGUGUGAGUACUUCUAAAUAUAUCAAACAUUAUCUCAAGAAUUUUCAAGUUGAAGAUGGUUAUUUAUACUAUAAUGGUACCAAUAAAUAUGGAGAAAUGCAACCAAGAUUGUGGAUUCCAACUCCAGCUUUACAACGAAUCGUAAUGGACAAAUUUCAUAAUGCUGAACAUAAUAGUCAUCCAGGUGGUCUUGUUACUUAUCUUGAUAUUCAUCAGUUUUAUUAUUGGCCUUACAUGGAGAAAGAUAUUAAAAGAUUUGUUAGUAAAUGUCCAAUUUGUUUAUCUGUUAAACCAGGGAAUACUUUAACCAACGGAUUAAUUCAACCAUUACCAAUUCCACAAUAUAGAUGGCAAAGUGUUUCAUUAGAUUUUAUUAGUGGUUUUCCAAGAAUUGAAGGUAAAGACCAAAUUUUAGUUGUUGUUGAUAGAUUUACAAAGAGAGCUCAUUUUAUACCAUGUACUAAAACAGUUACUGCCAGAGGAACUGCUCGUCUUUUUAUGGAGAAUGUUGUUAAACAUCAUGGUUUUCCUGAAGAAAUUGUAAGUGAUAAUGAUAUUAGAUUUACUGGUCAUUGGUGGCAAGAAUUUUUUCAAUUUAUGGGUAUCCAUAUCGUCACUGGAUACACUACGCAACACAAAAAGGGGGAAAAUAGGGUGUAG